AAAAGCGCCCCUCUCUGUCAAACAGACAGAUCUACCAAUACCAAUCUUUGUGUCCAGACUCCAGUGUCGAUUACUGCGAUCUCCCUGGGAUUGAAUGAACCUUCUGGUUCUAUACAUACAUAAACUCAUAUCUCUCAAUAAGCUUUGCAUUUUCUCUCUCUAAAUCAUCCUCAUAAAGAUAAAAGUUAGAGAAAGGGCGCGGGGAAGGAUUUGCUGAGAGUGAGAGAAUGGCAAGCUCAUACUCUGCUCCAAUCAGUGCCUCUCAGGUGGGUUCCUACUUCGUGCAACAAUAUUAUCAUGUACUUCAGUACCAGCCGGAUUUCGUUCAUCAGUUUUACACCGAUUCCAGCUCUAUUGUUAGAGUUGACGGGGAUUCCAGUGAGUCUGCUUCCACUCUCGUGCAUAUCGAUUCACUUAUCUUGUCGAUCAGUUUCUCUGGAAUCAAGAUCAAGACAAUAAACUCUAUUGAAUCUUGGAAUGAGGGUGUUCUUGUGGUGGUUUCUGGCUCUGUGAAGCCCAAGGAUUCCUGCAGGUGGAGGAAUUUUGUUCAGACUUUCUUUCUUGCUCCUCAGGAGAAGGGUUACUUUGUUCUAAAUGAUGUCUUUCAUUUUGGCGAUGAGGAGGUGAAUGAUCAACCACAGCCACAUGAAGUUCCAGAAAACAAUUUUGAUGCUCUACAAACUGCCCCUAGUCUGCCAACAGCCUCAGACUAUGGUUUAGAGGAAGAGGCAAGGGAAUAUGUGAGCUCAGUGAGCCUAGAAGGUAAUGGUGAUGCUGAUGACUACAGUUAUACAGAGCUCCAGCACGAGCAUAUCUCUGAGGCAGAAACAAAACAGGAAGAGACUCCUUUGGAAGAGGCAUCAGCUUUGCCUCAAAAUUUAGUGGAAAGCUCAGAGGAACCUGAACCGUCUAUUCAAGAACCUGUUAGAGAGCCCUCAAAGCUUAGUUACGCUUCCAUAUUGCGAGCGCCUAAAGGAAAGCCUGCACCAUCUGUCAGUAUCCAGCCAAGCUUUGCCAAGAGCGCACCACCUCCUCCUUCAGAACAGAAGCCUGCCCAGCAGUCAGAUGCGGCCUUACAUACUUUGUUGGAUACAAGCCCUGAACUGGCAGAUGAAGGCUUCUCUCAAGAAGGCGAAUCAAUGUCUGUCUAUGUGAGGAAUUUGCCUUCAGCUAUAUCAACUUUAGAUAUAAUGCAAGAGUUUAAAAGCUUUGGAAGGAUCAAGCAAGAUGGAGUAUUCUUAAGAAAUCGCAAGGAAGUUGGUGUGUGCUAUGCGUUUGUUGAGUUUGAAGAUAUCCAGAGUGUUAAGAAUGCGAUCAAGGCAUCUCCGAUACAAAUGGGUGGAAGGCAAGUGCACAUCGAGGAGAGGAGAGGAGGCAGCAGUAGCACUUUACGUGGAGGCGGGAGAAUAACGGGAAGAGGCAGAGGAGGAGGUCGUUCUGGGGUUCGGAGAAACUCAUAAACUAGUAAUCAUCGUAGGGAGUUUGAUGGAUGAUAUCGCUAUUAGCUACCAAGCUUCCUUCUUGUCCAUUUUUCAUUAUGGUCAGUUGAGUGUGAUUUGUAAUGGAUUCUGAUUCAUUCAAGUUUGAAUGUUUUUUGUCAUGAGUAAAAAGAUGCAUAAAGUUAUCUGCCACAA